AUGAGAGAAUUGGCUCGACUUCUAAUGGAGAUAAAAAAAUUAGAUUUGUCUGUGGUUACCCUAUUUGAUGCUCUAAAACCACACAAAUAUGACAUACUUGUGAAAGCAACUAAAUUAACAUCAGGAUAUGAUGACGAAAGCCAAACUUAUAAAUCCCCCACAUAUGCUAUGAACAUGGGUACAACCUUAAAACAAUGUUGCGAUGUGGCUCUUUUACACGUUCUAAAAAAAUCUAAGUCACUGCCAACAGUAGAUAAUGCAAACGUUGAGGCAGAUAUAAAAACAUGCAUCCAACUCAUAGAGGCAAAUUGGCGAUUCGAUAUUUCAACCAAUGCUGCUAAUGACCUCAACCUAAAAAAAUGGAAUAAGGUCACUUUGGUACCGUUAGCUACUGAUCUCAAACUAUUGAAGGAUUACCUCAUGAAAGUAGCUGCAAAUCAGGUAUCAAUGCUACAAAAAAAUCCAAGCAAUGAAAAAGCAUACACGUCUUUACUCGAGACAGUUUAUUGUAGGUUGCUUUUAUUAAAUAGGAGGCGGCCUGGAGAACUACAACGACUUCCCAUACAUGUUUACAAAUCCGCUAUAUCUGAGGAACACAAUCAAGCCUAUGAGGAGUUUUCAGAAGCAAUAACAGAAACCGAGAGAAUUCUAAUGAGAUCUUUCAAACGAAUAGUAAUCCGUGGAAAAAGAGGCAGAGGUGUUCCAGUUCUUAUAAGCAAGGAUGUACAGGAUCACUUGAAUCUAAUACUAGAGUGUAGAGAUAAUAUUCAGACGGUGUCGAACAUAUAUCUUUUCGGUAAACCUAACUCCCAAGAACCCAUUAUUGGUUACAAGGUAAUCAAAAAGUAUGCGUCGUUAUGUCAAGCGAAAAAUCCGCAUGCUCUGACUAGCACCCGUCUGAGAAAGCACUUGGCAACCUUGACUCAAUUGUUCAACAUGUCAGAAAAUGACAUGGAACAACUCGCAUCUUUUAUGGGACAUACACUAGGUAUCCACCGUGCAUCAUACCGAUUACCAGAUGACGUCUACCAAACGGCUAGACUCUCCAAGAUUUUGACGUUGAUGGAGAAGGGCGAGGCAGGUCAUUUCAAAGGAAAAUCCCUGGACGAAAUUAAUUUGAAUCUAGACGAGAAUUUGAUAUCAGAAGCGCAGCAGGAUGAUAACCACCCAGAGCCUCUAUGCCAAUAUGAAGAUAUCCAAGAACCGCAUCCAGAUCCGGAAUCUCAGCAAGUGGAUAUAACGUUACCAAAGAAAAAGUCCAGGGUUCUAGUUCCUUGGACUGAAGAUCAGAAAAAUUUAGUCUUGGUUCACUUUGGAAAUCACAUUAAAUCUAAGAGGGCCCCAAAAAAGGCUGAAUGCGAUAACCUCAUCGCAAGUCAUACUGAAUUAUUACAUAAUAAGGACUGGCUAAAAAUCAAAGUUUUCAUCCAGAACCAGUACCGAAAGAAAAAAUGA